CAAUAGUAAUUAUUUAAUUGAAUUUGUAACAAUUAUCAUAUGAACGACUAUUUUGAUAAUUAAUUUGAAGCCAACUGAUUAAGUGCAUAUAAGAUAUAUAAAAAUAAGACAAUGGAUCUAGCCACUUUAAAACAAUUUUCUGAUCAUUUAACAGACAUUUCAUGUCUUCUCAGAUUUGGCAAUCUUGUGGACAGACAUCUAUCUCUCCCAGAAUUCCUGGCCUCCUAGGUGUGGCAGCCAUAUUUUGGUGCGGUGGUGUGGUGCAAGGGGCGAGAAAUUACGACGAAUGUGGAAGAACGAUAUGUGCCUUCAGUUAUAGCAUUAUUGACGUUUGUGAUUGGCGGAAGGUGGUUGGUGGUUGUCCCGCAGAGAGGGGGAAGAUGAGGGAAGCGCGCGAGUGGAGCGCGUGUUGCUCGAGCCGUGCCUCCGCGCGUCCCGGCGCCGCUGAUGUUCGGACGUGUGUUGUGAUGUAACGCCCCUCAAUGUCUGACACUGCGGCGACGCCUGCGCCACACCAGGACUCGGGAGCAGUGGUGCCCCAAGGUGCGGCCGGGGACGAGCGCCUGCGGAGGCUGGAAGCGCUGUUCCUGGGGGGCCCCACCCGGGGCCAGGGCCAGUGCUUCAGCAUCGAGACCCUCCUGGACAUCCUGCUGGUGCUGUACGACGAGUGCUGCAACUCCUCGCUGCGCCGCGAGAAGACCGUCUCCGACUUCAUCGAGCUCGUGAAGCCCGUGGCGACAUGCCUGAAGAGCCUGCGGCUGAGCCGAGAGGACUUUGAGGUGGUGAAGGUGAUCGGGCGGGGGGCGUUCGGGGAGGUGUGCGUGGUGAAGAUGCGCCACUCGGGCAAGGUCUUCGCCAUGAAGAUCCUGAACAAGUGGGAGAUGCUGAAGCGCGCGGAGACGGCCUGCUUCAAGGAGGAGCGAGACGUGCUGGUGUACGGGGACCGGCGCUGGAUCACCAACCUGCACUUCGCCUUCCAGGACCACAACAACCUGUACCUGGUGAUGGACUACUACUGCGGCGGGGACCUGCUGACGCUGCUCAGCAAGUUCGAGGACCGCCUGCCCGAGGACAUGGCGCGCUUCUACAUCGCGGAGAUGGUGCUGGCGGUGGGCUCGGUGCACGCGCUGCGCUACGUGCACCGCGACAUCAAGCCCGACAACGUGCUGCUGGACGCGGACGGCCACAUCCGCCUGGCUGACUUCGGCUCCUGCCUGCGCCUUCACGCCGACGGCACGGUGCAGAGCAACGUGGCGGUGGGCACGCCCGACUACAUCUCCCCGGAGAUCCUCAGGGCCAUGGAGGACGGGCAAGGCAGGUACGGCCCGGAGUGUGAUUGGUGGUCGCUGGGCGUCUGCAUGUUCGAGAUGCUCUACGGCGAGACGCCUUUCUACGCGGAGUCCCUCGUGGAGACGUACGGCAAGAUCAUGAACCACAAGAAUUGUUUUGAUUUUCCCUCCGACCCGGGGUACGAAGUCAGCGCAGAAGCCAAAGAUCUAAUGAAGAGACUUAUAUGCAGUUCUGAUUACAGGCUCGGUCAGAAUGGAAUUGAAGAUUUUAAGAGCCACGCGUGGUUCGAAGGUUUGGACUGGGGCAGCAUCCGCGACAGCCAGGCGCCGUACAAGCCGGAGGUCAGCAGUCCCACCGACACCUCCAACUUCGACGUGGACGACACGGACGUGCGCACCUCGGACGCCGUGGCUCCCGCCGCCAACGCAGUGUUCUCGGCGCUGCACCUCCCGUUCGUCGGGUUCACCUUCACCCAAGGGAGUUCUGUGUCGGAUCUUGGCUCGAUAACUGUUCCUACAAAAAUCGUUGAAGACUCGCUUCAAGAAACAAAGAAAUCGCUACAAGUAUCAAAUUCCAAGGCUGUUACAAAUGAAAGUGCAAUGAAACUUUCGCCUACGUCCGAAACAGGAAAUGGAGUGCGGAAACUGCAGGAUGACAUCAAUGUUUUGAAGAAGAGGAACUCUGAGUUGGAAGCACUUCUACGGAACGUAGAACAGCAGAAGCAGCAGCAGCAACAACUGGCGGAAGCCAAGCGGGACAGUUCUCCAGCAGAAGUCGAAUUGGCGCAAAAGAUCAAGGAACUCGAAAAAACAAUGAGGCUUGUAAAACAAGAGAAAGAUGAAGCCAUAAAGGACAAGCUGGACGUGCAGGAGAAGCUGAAGCUGCAGGACAAGGAGCUGAAGGACGCGCUGAGUCAGCGCAAGCUGGCCAUGGCCGAGUACACCGAGGUCACUGACAGGCUGUCGGAGCUGCGGCAGCAGAAGCAGAAGCUGUCGCGCCAGGUGCGGGACAAGGAGGAGGAGCUGGAGGGGGCCAUGCAGAAGGUGGACAGCCUGCGGCACGACAUCCGCCGGGCGGAGAAGCUGCGGCGGGAGCUGGAGGCGAGGGUGGAGGAGGCCAUGGCCGAGACCAGCAAGGAGCGCAAGCUGCGCGAGCGCAGCGAGGAGUACUGCCGCCAGGUGGAGGAGGAGGCGGAGCGCGCACGGCAGCGCAGCCUGGCGGGGGCGGAGGGCGCGGCGGGGGGCGGGGCCCAGGCCGCCCAGGAGGCCGCCCGCCUCAAGGCAGAGCUGGAGCGGCUGGAGCGGCAGUGCGGGGAGAGCCUGGCCCAGCAGCAAAGCCGGCACAGCGCUGAGUGCGGCGGCCUGCGCGACCGCCUGCAGGAGUCGGAGAGCCUGCGCGAGGCCCUGCAGCGCGAGGUGCACCUGGUGAAGGAGAAGCUGGACGCUGACCGGCUGGAGGAGCUGACGAGCAACGAGGAGACGAUAGCCGAGCUGAAGAGGCGGCACGAGCGAGAGAAGCUCAUGCUGCUGGAGGACAAGAAGCAGCUCAUGAUGGACCUGGAAGCGUUGACGGACAGCGUGUCUCGCAUCCAGAGCGAGAGGAGGCAACUGGAAGACGAGUACGAGGACCUCAGGAACAAGAAGGAAGCCAUAUCCCAGUGGGAGGCGCAGAUCAGCGAGAUCAUUCAGUGGGUCAGCGAUGAGAAGGAUGCCCGUGGCUACCUCCAGGCCUUGGCCACGAAGAUGACCGAGGAGUUGGAGUUCCUCAAGCAUUCAGGGGUUGCGAGCGCUCCGACGUCGGACAAGAACUGGCGCCACCGCCGCAGCCAGAAGCUGGACAAGAUGGAGCUGCUGAACCUGCAGAGCAGCCUGCAGUCGGAGAUCCAGGCGAAGCAGGCCAUCAGCGAGGAGCUGAGCAAGACGCGCUCCGAGCUCAUCGCGGCGCAGAAGGAACUGAGAGAUUUCCGACAGCGUUACGACAGCUUGUCGUUUGACGUAAAGCGGAAGGAGGCACAAAUCAAAGAGUUGCAAGCGAGACUAGAAGCUGGAGAAGGAUUUCUGGAACGCCCGUCUUCGCAAAUGUCUUACCUGGAGCACUUCCUGAAGGAGUCGUCGAACCGGCACGGUGGCUCGGUGGAGAGCGAGGACGGCGACGUGGAGGACAACCGAGCUCCCUCCGUCACCAGCAGCAAGUCUGACCUCAGCUUGGACCCCGGCUCGCCGCGGGGGGCGGGCAAGCUGGCACCACCGCCGCCCCAGCCCCGGCCCAAGUGCCACCAGUUCCUGGUGCGCACCUUCUCGUCGCCCACCAAGUGCAGCCACUGCACCUCGCUCAUGGUGGGGCUGACUCGUCAGGGGGUGGUGUGCGAGGUGUGCGGCUUCGCCUGCCACACGGGCUGCUGCGACAAGGUGCCGCCCGUCUGCCCCGUGCCCUCCGACCAGACCAAGCGGCCGCUGGGCAUCGACCCCACGCGCGGCAUCGGCACGGCGUACGAGGGCUACGUGAAGGUGCCCAGGACGGGCGGGGUGAAGAAGGGCUGGGUGCGGCAGUUCGUGGUGGUGUGCGACUUCAAGCUGUUCCUCUACGACAUCUCGGCGGACCGCAACGCCCUGCCCUCGGUGUACGUGUCCCAGGUGCUGGACAUGCGCGACGAGGAGUUCGCCGUCAGCUCGGUGCGCGACUCGGACGUCAUCCACGCCGCCAAGAAGGACGUGCCGUGCAUUUUCAGGGUGACGACGUCCUGCCUGGACCCCCCGGGGCUGAACAACCACACGCUGAUGCUGGCCGACACGGAGAGCGAGAAGACCAAGUGGGUGGUGGCGCUGAGCGAGCUGCACAGGAUACUCAACAGGAACAACCUGCCCAACCGAACAGUGUUUCGAGCCAAGGAGCUGCUGGAUAAUACGCUAGCCUUUAUAAAGAAUGCUAUGUCAGGUGCAAUCAUCGAUCCGGAUCGUCUAGUCAUUGGCGCAGAAGAGGGUCUUUUCUGCUUGGAUCUGGAUCAAUGUGAGAUGGCGCGCGUGGGCGAGGGCAAGAAGGUGUUCCAGCUGGAGUACGUGCCCGAGGAGCAGCUGCUGGUGGUGCUGUCUGGCAAGCAGCGCCACGUGCGCCUGGUGCCGGUGCGGGCGCUGGACGGCGACGACGUGGAGUGGAUCAAGGUGGCUGAGACCAAGGGCUGCGUGGCGUUCGCCGUGGGGGCGGCGCGGCGCUCCCCCCAGCUCGCCUACUGCCUGUGCGUGGCCAUCAAGAGGCAGAACACAUCGCAGGUGAUAAUAUACGAGGUGACGCGCACGAAGACGCGGCACAAGCGGCUACGUGAGGUGAUGUUGCCCACACAAGCCCAGACGCUGAACAUCUUCAGCGAUGGUCGCUUGUGCGUGGGCUACCAGUCUGGAUUCAGUAUCUACAGCAUCAUGGGGGAUCAGCAUCCGUUGUCGCUGGUGCACCCGGACAACCAGCUGCUGGGGUUCCUGGCCUACAGCGCGGUGGACGCACGACGGGCGAUAGAGCUGUCGCGCGGGGAGUUCCUGCUGGUCUUCCAGACGCUGGGCGUGUACGUGGACGCGCAGGGGCGCAAGUCCCGCGACCGCGAGGUCAUGUACCCGGCCGUGCCUCAGGCCGUGGGUUUCUGUGAUGGCCACUUGCUGAUAUACAGCGAGACUCACGUAGACGUGUUCCACUCGCUGUCCGGGGAGUGGGUUCAGACCAUCAACGUGAAGAAGGCGAAGCCCUUGAACACGUCUGGUUCCUUGAGCAUAUGCCUUAUCAACGACCUGCCCCACAUCAUCUACCUGAGCAACAUCCACCAGAAUGACGUGAUCAACAUCACGACGUUUGACGCCGCUGGCCGCCCCAUCCCUCGACCCAGGAGGAGGUUCUCUCUCCGGGAAGGGCACAGAACAACAAGGGCGAUGGACCGCCGCUCCAAGAUGAUCUCGGCGCCCACCAACUUCAACCACAUCAGCCACAUGGGCCCCGGGGACGGCAUCCAGAUCCAGCGCCUGCUGGACCUGCCCACGACCUUGGAGACGGCGGACCAGCCCCCGGCGCGCCUCUUCCACCCGCCCGUGCCCAGCAAGAUGGCCCACCCUCCCCCCCGGCUGCCCCCGGAGCAACGCCGCGUGUCGGCCCACCUGCCCCGGGCCCCGCCCCAGGGCUUCCUGCCGCACAACGGCUCGGCGUCGUGCCGGCGCGGCGCGGCGCCCCCGCGGCCGGCCGUGACUCCCCCCUCCCUGCCGCGCUCGCCCGACGGCGCGGUUGCCGACACGGACUCCCUGCUGCGCGCGAGGGGCGCGCUGGCGCUGGGCAGCGUGGCCUCGCUGCACGAUGCCGGCAAGGAGCCCGGGGGAACGAUGAUCGGGGGCAGCCCGCGACACUCGAUCGCCUCCAACAACAGCAGCAACCCGAGCACCCCGCCCAGUCCCGGCCACGAUCACGGGUCCUCCAGCUACGACAGUUAGGCCUUCCCCCUCCCCUCCACGCCACCUGCCACCUGCCACCCGCCACCAGUGCUACCGUUCAGAAUAAAGCAUUUAACCAGAUACACUACGUGUGUAUAAAAAAUAAAAUGAACAUCGAAACGUUGAGAGGUGAAUCCAAAAAAAGAAAAGUCACAUUCGUAGAGUUCUUUAUGAAAGUUUUAUUGUGCGUGCCUACGUGUGUGAGUGGUUUCUUUGUAUAACAAUUUGUGUUGCGUCUCUUUAUUUAUGGAAAAAAAUGUUCAAUUUAUGGACAGUGUUUACCACAGUAUUUUUUACUAUUGAAUCUCUUGUAGCAUCUUUUGUACCAAAAUUUCUUGUUUGUAUUAUCACGUACUUAAUUAUUUCAGGAAGCAAUUUCAUGUUGCAUAGGGCUUAAGGUUUUUUUGAUUUUUUUUUUUUUUAAAUGAGAAGGCGAAGCUGGUGAGAUAUUUAUUUUUUUGCUGUGUAAUAAUGUUUUUUUUUUUAUUUAUUAUGCAAGUGUGUCAUCGUUGGAUGAACUACUUAUGCGAAGGUACAACCAAACAGAAUCGUAUGUAUUUAAAUUGUGUUGUAUGCUAGUUGGCGGGCUUUGAAGCUGGACUCUUAAAAGAACAUUAUUUAUUAUUGUAUGGAUGUUAAUUAGUAGAAUAAUUACUAAAUGUGUGUUUUUCUUUUGACGUUUGAGAUGAGUGUUCCAGAUGCAAUGUGAUGCUAGUAGUUAGGUAUUAAUGAAAUUUUAAUACAAAUAAAAUUAUAAUAUUUAUAUUUAUUAACAUGUAGGAUAAGUGAUGCGUGUUUGUGUUUCUUGGUGAAGUGGUUCUCCGCGGAUGUGCGCGGUGACUCAAAGUAUAGCUUAUCAGGUUGUUUACAGUAAUAAGUUUCGUGCCUAUUAUCUUAGCGGUCGUUCUUGGAGAACUCCCGAGGAAUAUCAACUCGUGACUGCCACAAGUUGAAACGCGUGCGUCACUCGGUAUGGAAGAUGAUGCGUCAUGCAUGGGUGUACGUAGAAACCGUCAUUACGCAAUGACACAUUGUAGGGAUAUCAAUAUUUAUAUUUACAUUAUUUUAAAGUAACUAUUCAAAGUAUUAAAAUCAAACUUAAGUCAUGAUGAUUGCUGUAUGAAGAUGCAAAUGUAAUUGGGGUAAAUUAUUCUAAAAAAAAAAAAAUAUAUUUUUUUUAUAGAUUAAUGAUGAAUAUUGAGUUAUUAGAUCCGCAGUAUAAUUGCAAUAUAUCAAGCUUCAUUUCAGACAAGUUAUUUAACAUGAACUUUUUAAUAUUUAAUGAUUUCAUAAAAUUGUUCUUUCUUUUUUUUCUUCAUUUAAACAUUAAUACAAGCUGGUGCAGAUUUAUAAUAUGUGUGUGUGUAUUUUUAGGUAUUUUAAACUGCACUUAUUUCUCCCCCAUGAAAAUGUAUGACUUUUAUCAAUGUGCAUCAAAUAAUUCUUAGUUAAUGAAAAGAGUUUGUGACCUUGUCUUCUUACCUUUGCUCAUAAUUUCUUCUUGUGAAAACGUUGAAAGUGUUUGCAGUAUUAGGGACGCAGUAGCAAUGGUGCUAACCGGGGUGAUUGUAGAAGCGUGACUUCGCUGCUGUGUGAGGGUGCUGUAUUGUGAAUUGAAUUAUUGCAGUUUCUUUCUUAUGCACAGAAAGCUCUUAAAUAAGGUAUUUUAUCAUGUAACGGAACGUAAGCACUUGCGUUACAUUUUUUCAAUCCUUAACUUCUGUUAUUGUUUCUUACGUUAUUAUUACCUUCAGUCUUUUAUUGUUUAAAACAAAAAAACACUCUCCGCUCGUAAUUGAGAGGCAUUUUGCACCAUUUUGAAUGUGUGCUUUUUUUUCCCAGUGGCUUUAAUUCCAAUUAGGGUUUUGUGUAUGUAACUUUUUUAGGUCACUACAUACAUAAGUAAAUUUUCUGAGAUGGUUAGAGUUGUUAAUAAUAUUACAGUUGUAGUCAUCCUUGGCAGAUGGAAUAAUUAAAAAAAAAAAAAAAAAAAACCAGUAGCUCUCAAAUUCAGGCAGUUCUAGCCAGUACUGCUUUUCUGUUUAAAGUUUUGAUAGUAUAAAUUAACCACAAAUUUUUGUCAAGGCUCAAAAACUGAGGAACACCUGUCUAUUGUUUCUUCACGAGUCAUGUGAUUGAAUCCCACCUUAACCUCUGCCAAAGUGAAAGGAGGAGAAAAGUGGAACGGUAAAGGCAACGGCAGGAUUGGCCCGGCCACUGGUCGUGAACGAAGGUCCCUAGUUUUGCCCUGCUUUUUUUAAUUUAUUGUAGAGUUAGGUUUUUGACCCUAAGGCCUAAGCUGUAGUUUGGAUGCAGUUGACGUGUUUGUGUUUACUUUGUGAACAAAGAUUAUUCUGGCUCUGUGAAUCUCAACACUUUGAUCACUUGCCUACAAAGACAGCUUGGAAACAGCUGAAGUAAGCACUACUUUUCUUCCAGUGGUAAAUUGCCUCACACAUCUCGUAGAAUUUUGUUCUUGGAUAGGCCGAUGAUGUCUGUCUAAAUGCACUGUUUUGGAUAGAGUAAAGUGUUUAGAACCCCGACUAAUCUUAGCUUGGAUGCUAUCAUCCCGUAUUCCUUCUUGCAUGUCUUGUAGUUGCAGUUCAUAGAUUCAUCAUUGGUGUUGCUGCAUAGCUUGAAACAGACUUUUACCGUGUUACAGUUUUUUUGUGGUAAAGGAUUAGUUUGGAAUGCAAGUUUUUCCAUUCCUUCUCUGGAACAAAGCCAUGUGCUUACCUUUGCCAGCUGAGCAUUAUAAAUUUAAAAAUGAACUCUAUUAGGAAUAAAAUCUGUGUUAUUCUUACAUUGGAAACUUGCCAACAUUUACAUCUUUUUAAAUAUUUGUUUUGGAGCAAUAGUCAACCUGAAUAUAUAUAUAUAUAUAUAUAUAUAUAUUUUUUUUUUUUGCUCAAGAUAUAGGAAAGUGCAUACAUACAUACUCUUUUACAAUAUGUUGCAUUUGGCAGUUUGUACGAAUGCUUAGUGGGUAUUUUUUUGUACCUGCACAACCACCCCCACAAAUAUUUUGUCAGUCGUGAUGAAAGUCAGAGACAUGUUACCAUUUUUUUAUUUUCCCUUGUGAAAUACUCUUUAAGGAAUUGAGCAAUAUCUUAGAAACAGGGAUUUUAUUUACAUGCUGAAUUAAUUAAAGUCUUAUAGAUGUAACUAAAACAGUUGACAAUGUUGUACAUACCUAUACUGUUCUUGUUAUGAGAAAGGCCUAUGUGGACAAGCGUUGUGACAUUGUUUCGGAAGCAGAACAAAUGUGAAAUGUUGAGUCAAGAAAGAGCAGGGAAAGGGCAUUUGGUGUGUUCUGUCUCCGCCACCGUUAGAAUUAGGUCAGUACGUUCCCGUUAGCGUCGAUCGACACAUCGACCAAGCGUACGUAUCACAGUUUGGUUUUCCAUCACAUUACGUGGCUGUGUUUAUUAAUUAAUGUUUUGUCACCGAGCAGAGACGUCUGGCUGUACUUUGUGCACGUCUGCGUGUUGUUCCGUGGUUGGCAGGCUCGCCGACCUGGCAUGUGUGGCAACGGGAUUCGAGACUGUAGCGUAGCUCAGCGUCUCGUGUGUGUGCCUGUGUGUGUGUGUGGACGCGAGAGUGGGCUGUCACCCUUACCUGAACUCUCCUGUCCCCGUGUCAUCUCGUUGUCACAACUGCGACUUGGUGGGGGCAACAGUUUUGUCUGCAGCUGUGGACACGUUCGUGAAUCUGCGCGUGGCUCGGCCGGUCGCAGAAACUUUGGUAUUUGCAAGUAUUCCAAAUGCAUUUUGAUUCAAACUGAAUUUUCGAUUCUCUCUCUAUAUCACAUCUUGUCUCCAGGAAUUGAAAAUAUAAUUUACAUCAUUUUGCAAUAGUCAUAGUUGAUGUGGUCAUCUGUAGAUAAGUAAUGUUGCCCCUACCAAGAGUUGUACCUGCUUUUAACAUCUUUCGUUUGAUUUGGAGGAUGUCUAAUGUAACUUAAGUUAACAAAGUAAUUUAUUUCUGUUUUAAUUUGUACUUUAUUUCUAUAUGUUGUUAAUUGUUUUUGCUCAUGUGAUUUUGUUCUUCACCUCUGAUGUUUUAAUGUUUUUACUCACUUAUGGAAUCAUCAGAUUUUUUUUUUAAAUUAAUUUUACCAAUAACAUUUAACUUUUUGAUUUCAUACAGUGUGCAUGGGCACAUUUAAAUUUGUACUGUUUCUGAAAAACCUCAUGUGGUUGAAGUACCUCAAGAAAGCUUAUAAAAUGGACAAAUAAAGUAUUCAAAUAUAAUGAAAUUUAACUAAAUUUUGGAAGGUGUAACAUUUGGUUUUUUGAUAUUUUCCUGCCUUUGUUAAUAUUGAAAAAAAUGAAACCCUUUCUGCAGUUUAUUAUUUUUUUUAUUGUGAUGUGUUUCAGGAUGUCAAUAUUACACAUUCAUAGUACUAUUCAUGUCUGUAGUCUAUCAUUUUGGCAUUUAUCAUCACUGUUUAUUAAAUAUGACCAUAGUUUCAAGAACUAUGAUAUUGGAUAAUAAUUUUUUUAUUUUCAUUCAUCACUGAACUUUUAUUUCACAAAAAAACAGAAAAAAAGUAUGUCGAUAAUUAUUUGCGAAGACACAUGUUUUGGUAAUUAAAUAUUAUAUCCCAAGGUUA